UCUAUAAUAAUGAGUGAACCGAUUGGUGAUAAUAAUAGUAAUGGUUUGGUAGUCCCGAAACCGGACCGCAAAGUGGCCCUCAUUACCGGUAUUACCGGUCAGGACGGUUCCUAUUUAGCGGAAUUCCUAUUGGAAAAGGGUUACGAAGUUCAUGGUAUUAUACGGCGAUCAAGUAGUUUCAAUACCGGCCGUAUUGAGCACCUGUAUAAAAAUCCAAUGACACACACCGGGGGCUCUAUGCGCCUACACUACGGGGAUAUGACUGACAGUUCAUGUCUGGUUAAGAUCAUUGUCGAGAUCAGGCCUACAGAGAUCUACAACUUGGCCGCACAGAGUCACGUAAAAGUAUCGUUUGAUUUAAGCGAAUAUACCGCCAAUGUUGACGCCUUGGGUACCCUCCGUAUAUUGGAUGCCAUACGUACGGCCGGACUCGAUCGUACCGUACGUUUCUAUCAGGCCUCGACAUCCGAACUAUACGGUAAAGUACAGGAAAUACCCCAGAAAGAGACGACACCUUUCUAUCCCCGUUCGCCAUAUGGUGCGGCCAAACUGUACGGCUACUGGAUUGUCGUCAACUACAGGGAGGCCUACAAUCUGUACGCUGUGAACGGUAUACUAUUCAAUCACGAAUCGCCCCGUCGGGGCGAAACGUUUGUCACCCGCAAGAUUACCCGAUCGGUGGCCAAAAUCUAUUUGGACGAAAUGGACAGUUUCGAGCUGGGCAAUCUGGACGCCCGACGCGAUUGGGGUCACGCCCGGGACUAUAUCGAGGCCAUGUGGCUGAUGUUACAGCCGCCGGAACCCGAGGACUAUGUUAUAGCUACGGGACAGUCGCAUUCGGUCAGGGAGUUUGUCGAACUGGCCUUCAAACAUAUUGGCCGGGAAAUUAUAUGGGAAGGAAGUGGUAUUAACGAAGUGGCAAUAGAGAAGGGGACGGGUAUUAUACGAGUCAAAGUCAAUCAAAAGCAUUUUCGGCCCUCUGAAGUGGAUCAUCUAUUAGGCGACGCAACUAAAGCCAAGACUAACUUGAAAUGGACGCCAAAAAUAUCAUUUUUGCAAUUGGUUCAGGAGAUGGUCGACUCGGAUAUAGAUCUGAUGCGCCGCAAUCCGACUGCCUGAGCCCAUACACAUACCUGUGCCCAAACCCUACUGACCCUGAAGUCUACUAUACCUUAUAUAUAUACAGUAUAUUAUGUAUAUA